CUGGUGAUGUGUGUGUGUGUCGUCAGGCGGUCAGUGUUGUGUCAGAGGGCCUGGAGUCAUUCGGCGGUCAGGGAUACAUUGAGGACACAGGGCUUCCCUCCAUGCUGCGCGACGCUCAGGUGUUGAGUAUAUGGGAGGGAACCACUAAUGUUUUGUCUCUGGAUGUUCUCCGCUCCAUCGCGAAGUCGUCUGGGUCGGUUCUGCAGGCCUUCUUCACCGACGUCACCGAGCGUUUGCUGGCGGCCGAAGCGUCUGCUGCUCUGCGUCCGGCCGUCACAUCUCUGCGCACAUCGCUCUCGGCUCUGAAGCGUUUCGCUCAGACAGCAGCGGCUCGAUCCGCGGGAACUCUGGGGCUGUCAGCGCGAGACCUGGCCUACAGCCUUGCUCGCAUUUACAUGGGAGCGCUGCUGGUGGAUCACGCGACGUGGGAGAACGCAACACACACCGACAUCUACGCCGCUCUCAGGUGGUGUGAUCAGGAUCUGUGUCCGGUGGUCAGUCGAGACGCUGCCGGGUGUUAUGAUCCACAAACAGCAGCCAUGGACACGGCUCUGGUGUACGAUGGCCUGCAGCCCUGAGAAAACACACACACACACACUCUCUCACACUCACACACACACACCCACACACUCUCUCUCUCUCUC